UUAUCAAAAAACUACUCAUGGAAAGAUAAGCGAGUGAACACAAUUCAAUAAAUAAAAAAAAAAAAUAAAUUAAAAACAAAAAACUUAUCUUAGUGUAAAAGAGAGAGAAUGAGUAAAAUGUUAAAAAGAGAUGCAACCAUAAUUACAAAUAUCGAAUAAAAAAUAAUGACAAACUGCACUAGUAACUUUCUAGUAAAACUGAAAAAGUUCUAAUAAUUCAGUAAACAAUUGAACUUAACUGGGUUUAGACGAAGACCCCAGGCCAAUAAUUACAAACAAAAAAGUAAAAUGGAUCCCACACCAAAACCUCAAAGUAAAGAGUCCUCCGAAUCGUCUGAGUCUGUCGAGGAGCCCACCUUUAAAAUUGUAGUUACACAUCCUGAAGUACCUAAAGAAGCUAUAGAUUUACUCAGUGUAUGUGAAGUGGUUGUAUGCCAAAGCUUGCCACCAAACCAAACGGAAAUCUUGGAAAAAGUUAAAGGUGCUCACGGUAUAUUUUGGGGUGGUCACAAUCCUCUCAAUGCUGAAGUUCUAGAUGCUGCUGGUCCUCAGUUGAAGGCAAUUUCAACCAUGUCGGCUGGUAUUGAUUAUGUAGAUGUGGAGGAGCUUAAGAAACGUAAAAUUCCUUUGGGUAAUACCCCCGUUGUUUUGAAUAAUGCUGUGGCCGAUGUAGCCGUGGGUCUUAUGUUGGCCGCUGCUAGACGUUUCCACGAGGGCAGAAAUAAGAUUGAUAGUUCUAAUUGGGAAAACUAUCAUUUGGAAUGGAUGUGGGGCCAGGAAAUACGCGCCUCUACUGUGGGUUUCUUUGGUUUUGGCGGCAUUGGCCAGGCUAUUGCCAAACGCUUGAGUGGUUUUGAUAUCGAUCGUGUACUCUACACUACCCGCAAACGUAUUUCCAAGGAUUUGGAAAAAGAAUUCAAUGCUUCCAAGGUUCCAUUCCAUGAACUCUUGGCUCAAAGUGAUUUUAUUUUCAUUGCCGCCCCCUUAACUGCUGAAACUCAGGGUAUUUUCAAUACUACCGCUUAUGCUAAAAUGAAGAAAACUGCUGUAUUGGUUAACAUUGCCAGAGGACAAAUUGUGAAUCAAGACGAUUUGUAUACAGCUUUGAAGUCUGGCCAAAUCUUUGCCGCCGGUUUAGAUGUUACGACCCCUGAACCUUUGCCUGCUGAUGACAAAUUAUUAACUUUGCCUAAUUUGGUUGUUACCCCACAUAUUGGCUCAGCCACCAAGAGAACCCGUACUGACAUGUCCAUUAUUGCAGCGCAUAAUGUCUUGAGAGGUAUAGCAGGAGAACCCAUGUUUUCGCCAGCAUAUUAAAUUGAAACAAUUUAUUUAAUAAACCAAUCAAAAUGUCAUGUCGGUAUAAAUAUAUGGAAACAAGAAUAUAUAUAUAAUUAACAGGACCAGUUUUAUAACUUUAAAAGUAUUGACAAUAAAAAAAAAGAAUAAAUAAAAAUAAUCUGAUCAUGUUUUUGUACUUGAA